AUGGUUAGAGCCUCUGUCGGCAAGCCGGCUCCAGACUUUACCGCCACGGCGGUCAUGGAUGGCAAGCUCAAAGAAAUCAGUCUGAGUGCCUACACCGAUGCCAAUCACUGGGUCGCUCUCAUUUCCUUCCCCAAAGCCUGGUCGUUUGUCUGUCCGACCGAGAUUCGGGCAUUCAGCGCACGCCUCGAAGAGUUCCUUUACUCUCGCUCUUGUGCCGUUGUCUUUGCCUCUACCGACACAGAGCUUUGUCUUCGUGCCUGGAACCACACCAAUGAGAUGGAAGGAGGCCUCGGUGGCGUUCAUGUGCCUCUCAUGAGCGACAGCAACCACAAGAUAAGUCGCGAUUAUGGCGUCCUGCUCGAGGAUCAGGGUGUCGCCGAACGUGCUCUCUUCAUCAUCGAUCCCAAGGGAAAUGUCAGAAAUAUCACCAUCAGCGACGCAGAUGUCGGCCGCAGUGUUGAUGAGACUCUGCGUAUCAUCGAUGCUCUCGCUUUCAAGGACGAGUACGGAGAAGGCUGCCCUGUCAAUUGGAAGAAGGGUGAUGCCGGUCUCAAGAUGGCCGAGCAAACCAAGGUUGAAGGCCCUCUCGAUAUGAAGAAAGGGUCAACUUGGUCUGAGUGGGCUCGUCCGAAAUUGCAGCGUGCUUGGAGUGGACAAUCGCAGAGGUCUGUUGGCAGUGGUACAUUCAGAACUCUGGGCCAUUUCAAGUCGGUCUCUGAGACACCGACACCACCUUCGCCACUUGUUUCGCCUACGAGCGCUGUCAGUAUGGAGAGGAACAUGGAAGCUGCUAUGGCCAACCACUUCAUCGGUCUUGCUACUUAG